AUGCGCGCCUCUACCGCCCUGCUCGUCAACGUCAAGCCGCUGCCCGCCAGCUCGUUUGCCUCGAUCCGGCUGCCACCCACCGCGACGGCCCGUGUCGCUCGGUCGGGCACCCAGCCCCUCUCCAAGGGCAACCCGCAGCAGGCAAAGGCCCAGAAUGACCGGACGGUAGCCCAGCAGCUCGCCAAGAAGGCCACCGACGCCGCAGCACACGCCGAUGCCAGCUGGCCGAGCAACCUCCGCAUCGAGGAGCACGUCAACAACAAGGACCUCUACUGGAAAGUCUCCAAGGCUCAAAGGGACAUUCUCCGCAAGCAGCUGCGAGAGGCUUGA